AUGUCGACAAGCUCGCUGCCCUACUACCAGCGUGUCUUCUACAAGAACGCCGAGGAUCUCAAGGCCAAGGAGCCGUCGUGCGACUUCGACAAGUGCUGCUUCUACAUGCUCAACGUGUGCGAGGUGUGCGGGCAUUCCCUCGACGGCCAGCCGCUCCCGGCCAAAAGCGGUAAGGCCAAAUUCAGCAUCGCGACCGCCACCACCGAGUACACACGCCAUGAUGCCCGCAACUGCGACAAGCGCUUCUGCAAGAAGUACAUUGUUGGGGCUUAUGCCCACUACGGCAUGCGGUGUUGCUACUGCGGGGUGUAG